UGUCCCUAGGCAUCGUACCUGUAGCAAUUACUGCAUUUUCGACGACUGCCUUCCUUCCUUUCUGGACUUUUUUUUUCUCGCACCAAUCGCUCUACCUAUUCUAACAACUUUUUCUCCUAGAAAUAUUUUUAGGUGUGCCUCAACUAAAUCUAUCCAUUUCGAUCAACACCCGAGGAUCUUUUCCGGACUGUACCAAUUACGACCUCAGGCGCAUACAUUCGCUACGUAUUUUCGCCAUGGGAAAUGACGGCGGCUCUAUUCCUAAGCGUCGGGAGCUGGUGCGCGAGGCCGCUCGACUACCUACCGCCUCUGAGCUGAAAGCAACAGCUCUCGAAUCUCUGACGCAUGCCUGGACGACGUGUCCGCUAUCUGAUUCGCCUCUGGACCUUUCUAAUGCUGUGUCCGACUGGCGGGGGCGACUCUACAACUACGAAGCAAUCCUGCAAUGUCUGAUGCCUUCCUCUUCCGAAACUGCCAUGCACGAAGCCCAAGAAGCCGAGUUCGCACGCACUGGAGUAAGGAGUCUGAAGGACGUUGUGAAGCUCCACUUUACUACAAGAAAAGAUGAGAAGGCGCGCGAGUUCGCCGCCUGUCCAGUUAGCAUGAAGGAAUUAGGCGCCGCAACUAAGAGCGUAUAUAUUGUGCCAUGCGGUCACGUCUUCGCCGAGGUCGCUAUGAAAGAGAUUUCUGACACCGAAAAGCAAUGCCCGGAGUGCAGCGCAACAUUUCAGGAGCGGGACAUCAUACCCAUCUUAUCAACUGACGAGGCCGAGUUAGAGAGAUUGGCUAAGAGGGCCGAUGAGCUAAAGACAUUGGGCUUAGCGCACAAUCUCAAGAAAGAAAAGGGUGCAAGUAAGAAGAAGCGAAAGGCUAUCGAGGGAAAAGAGAUGGGUACCGGCGGCGAGUUAGAAACGGGGAAGGACGGUAAUAAGAUGAGGAAAGGCAAAGAAGACAGGAAGGAUAUCUCUAGCCGAAUAAAUAACCCUAUGACAGCGUCCCUCACGGCAAAGGUAUUGGCAGAACAAGAGGAGAUGUCUAAACGGAGAAAAGUAAUAGAUGGUUAUAAGAAAAGUGAGGUUGCUAGAUGAUAAGGCUACAAUAGACGCAAACCAAGGACGAUUUACCCCGUCACGUAACACCUAACGAAUGAUACCAACAAUUUUAAUAGAUACUACUACCC